AUGAGGAUACUUCGGACCGAGCGAGUGCAUGCAGAAUCAACGGCUAUUCGCCAAGCCUUGCACUUCGUUCGGCCUCGAGAAGUCGCUCCUCCGCUGAUUGCUGGACGAAGAAAGCGUCGCACAGAGCUCAUUGCGCCUAGCUACCGCAACGUCAAGACCGGCCUGGGCAGCGAUCUCACCACUUUUGGGAGCUUCGUCCCACAAGACUGCGACAGUGACUGCGCGGCCCUCUAUGACGCUGUCAACAGCUGCUCGAACGGCAACCUGCUCGACCCGACCUGCUUCUGCCCUAAUGACGGCUCGUUGCAGGACUGCUAUUCUUGCGUCGCGGACUCCAGUAGCCUAAACAGCGACGACCAAGACAGAGCAAAUUCGGCCUAUGAAAAUGUUCUCUCGGACUGCGAUUCCUCUGACACCUCACUUUCUCCACUGAUCGACGGAGCAUCUCAACUCGGCAUCAGUGGCCUCUUACUCGCCGUGGCUGCUUUGAGCGCGAUCUAUGCUCUGUAG